CGUAUACGGUCAACAUAUACUAAUACAAUGACGUAGUCAUAACAACACCAUUGUCUAGUCUUGACGGGUUUGCGAAAAUGCAAAGACCUGGGCCAAGCUCGGCUAAGCUGGAGGUUCCCACGAGUGACGAGUCGGCUUUGUAUAGAAACUUCUGUAUUCUAGGUCUGCACUUAGCGCUUCGUCAGGAGGGGUUUGAGCUGUCGCCGACCUGCUUUCGCCGGAGCAACAACAAGGCGCUGGAGCAUGUUUUGUAUAGGCUGUUCACUCUCAUAGAAGGAAAGCAGCGCGCGUCAAAGGAUUUCAAGGACAAAUGGCCAGUCCUCGACAAGGUGCAGCAGACGCCCUUCUACCAGAGGAUCGGCGACUGGACGAAAGAGCUGAAGGACGCUGGCCGCUUGGACCCUUCAGUGAUUCUGCCGGUGUCUGCAUUGAAGACCAACACUUCCAACAGGCUGACGUCACUGCUGCUUGAGCUGUCCACACUGGCUCUGCAGCAGGAGCUGGAGGCCAGCUGCCCGGACCAGGCGCAGAUCGGCGCCGGCCCCGGCCCCGCCGAGGAGCUUCUGCCUCUGGAGCUGCGGCUCGGCCACGCCGUGACGCGGUCGCGUAAGGCCGCCGCCGCCUUCCUGGGCGCCUGCGCGGCCGGCUCGGCGGCGUGUGAGGCGCUGGAGGCGGGUGCGGCCGGCUUCAAGCGCUCCUACUACGCCCUGCAGGCCAGCAUCCGGCAGCACGAAGCGGCCAAGGCGGAGAUCAAGGCGCGACUGGAGGCUUCCACAGCCGCCGCCUUGCCGCGGCAGCAGACGCCGCUGCAGAACCGCGCGGCCAGCAGCGGCGGUGGAACCGCCGGCAACGGCAACAGCAGUCCCGGCGUGCAGCGCAGUCCCGCCGCCGUGGCCAUGGCGGAGGCCGCGGCGGCGGCGGCCGCAGCCGGCCGCAGCCCACUGGCGGACCGCCCUUCGGGUGGCGGCGCAGCCGCCACUGACGCCGAUGCCACAUUGGCGGCGGCGGCGGCGCGGCAGUCGGCUCAGCUGCGUCAGCUGGCGGGCAUGCUGUCAGGUCUGGACGGCCACCUGACGGACCACACGGAGCUGGCCAAGGCGCUCAUGACGGGCACACAAGGCCAGGAGCGGGCGCCGAAGCAGCAGCCUCUACAAGGCCUACAGGAGGCGGUGCCGCGGCGGCAACUGGGGGACCACUCCACCGCUGCUGCGCCCAGCACCGGAAUUGGAGCCGGAAGCGGCGCCCAGCAGCAGCAGCAGGUGCUGCACCCGCACCAGGUCGACGGGGCUGAGCUCCGUGCCAUCGCCGCCCGCGCGGCGGCCGGGCUCCUCGGCACCUCCACCUCCACCAUCACCUCCACCACCAUCGGCUCUGCCGGUGCGGAGCAGCAGCCCACGCCGCCGGCUGGCUCCCGGCCCUCUGCUGUGUCGCCUCCGGGUCCGGACCAGAUCGUGCUGGCGGUGCAGCUGUUUGCGUCCAUGCUGGGCAGCCUGGCGCCGCACGUCAGCCAGCUGGCCAUGGCGGGCGAGGCGGCGGGCCCGCCGCCGCUGCUGCAGCCGCCCAGCCAGCCCAGCAGCCACGCGGCGCACGUGGCACACCAGCUGCAGGUGCACACGGCGGCGUCGCGGCAAAUGGCGGCGCAGGCGGCGGCGCUGCGGCAGCAGGCGGCCGCUUACGAGCCCACGCUGGAGGCCCUGCGCGCGCGCUGCCCGCACCAGCCAUCGGCACCGCCGCCGCGCUCCCGGCCGCCCGCCUCGGCCUUCGAGUACCUCGACGACGACGACGACAGCAUCCUCCACACAGGAACUGGCGGCGCCGCCUUCGCCUCUGGGCUCGCCUCUCCUAGUCAGGGCUUGGCCCUGGCGGGCUUUGAGGACAUAGCCGCAGACCAGGGCCUGGAGCUGGGGCUUGGGCUUGACGGCGGCACUCUCAUGCUCGGCCUGCCGCCCAGACUGCUCACGGCGGCACGGGGCCGCACCGCUGCAUCGCUGUCUGAGGCCGGCGCCGGGGCGGGCUUCGGCGCAGGGGUGGGAGCAGGCGCGGUGGGCGGGCAGGGCGCCGCUGCGAGCCCUGUGGGGCGCGCCAAGUCCCACAGUGCGGGAGGGCUGGAGGGCUUUGGCGGCGGUGCCGGUGUUGGGGCCCCGGGCCUGCACUCGCCGCGGUUGUCCCAACAGCAACUGCAUCAGCACCCGGUGGCGUCGCCCAGCACCUCGGCCCUCAGCGGCGAGGUGGCGGCGCUGCAGGCGCGGCUGCAGAAGCUGACCGGCGGCAGCGGCAGCGGCGUAGGCGCGUCGCCGGGCUCUGCGCAUCAGCCCCGCGCCGGCGCUGUGUCGCAGUCGCCGACCACGUUUGAGGCGAUGGCGGCGGCAGUUGCUGCAUUCCGGGCGUCGUCUGGAAUGGCGGCGCCGCCGGCACCGGCAGCUGCUGCGGGCAGCGCAGGCACGACCGCGAUGUCGCCAUCAGGCGCGUCCGUGCGGCACUCGCCUUCGGCGCCGGCGCCUCCGGCGCCGGCAGGAGUGAGCGCUGAUGGGCUGGGCGGGAGGCUGGGGCUCGGCGCUCAGGGCUUCGGUGGUGCAGCGGAGGACGCCAGCGGCCUGGUUUUGGGCUUCGGAGGCAGCGGCUUCGGCAGGAGCGGUCCUGGCGAGCUGGCUGGCGCGACGGUGCACAGCGCCGCCUUCGGCGGCGGCAGCGAGGAUGCCAAUGGCAACGACGGCGGCGGCGGCAGCGGCUUCGGGUUUGGCGGCUUCGGAGCCUUUGGUGGGGGGCUGGACAGUGGUGACGGGCUGGAUGGGUCAGAUGACGAGGCGCUCGCAGCCGCCGCCGAGCUCGCGGCCGCGGCCGUGCGGCAGCACCAUCAGCCAUCCGCGAACCAGCACGGCGCAGCCGUGGGCGCUUUCCCCUCUGGCGCUGCUGCCGGGCAGGCCCAGAUGGACGGCGGCGGCAGUGCCAGGCUGGCGCUGGCGUCGCUGCUGACGGCGGACAGCUUCGAUGACGACGACGUUCUGAUGGCUGACGUUGACGUCGGCUCGACAGCGGCGGCGCCGCCCGCCACCUCAUUCUUCAGCCCUGUCAAGACCACGGCGCCGACGGCGGGCGUCGCCGGCGGCGGCAGCAAGGGGUUGGAAUUUCGGGGCGAUGACGCCGCUGUUACCAGCCCGAUGGCGGCUGCCAACGGCUUGGCAAAGCACUCGCUGGGGCUGCUGCUGUCGCCGCGGUCUCGUGGCAUCGACCAGGUUUUGGGCAGCAUGACGGGCGGUGCCGUCGGCAGCGGUAACAGCAACACUGGCGUUGGCGGCAGCAGCUUCGCCACCGCGCUGGACGCGGCUGCAGCUGCGGCGCCGCUUGCGGUGCAGGCUGCCGGGGCUGUGGCGGGCGGGCUGAUGGGGCUGGUGGGAACGUCGUCAAGCCUGGCGUCUGCGACGUCUGGCGGGUCGGGUGUGGUGCUGGGGGCAGACAUCCUGGCGCUCAAGGCACGUAUGGCAGCCAUGCAGCAGCAGGCGCAGUAGCAGAAGGGACUGUAGCAAGGGCGGGUAGCAGAAGGGGCGAUGGCAGAGGCUGCAAGUCAGCGAAUGGGAUUGUGGCAGGGGCUGUAGCCGCGGCUGCAGGCCCCUGCCAGGGAGCAGGAGCCAGAGCAAGGGGUAGCAGUGGGCGCUGCGGGCGUGGAAGCAGGCGAAGGGGCGUGUUGGUGGUGAAGGCCCAGCCCCUACCAGGGCGAUAUCCCACAAGAAUACGGCGGGCCUCGGUGUGGUGAAAUAAAUCCCAAAUCCGAGCAGGGGCUGGGGAAAUGUGGGCCUGUGAUUUGGGAUGGUUUGAUGCUUGCAGUGUAGUAAGGCCCGGCGUAGCGGUGAUAGCACAGCGCGGGCCCAAAGCCGUGGGACGAGACGUGCCGUUUGCAGCACGGAUGGCAGCACGGGUCCGUGUCCCCAUGCAUCAGGUGUAUUGGAUGUUGGGAGUACUCACACAUCGCGGGUAGUAUGGGUUGAGGCAGGUUAUUAUGCGGCAAGCGCUGUUGUAACCGUUCUUUGCC